AUGGAAUCAAGAAAGGAGAUGCUGCUGAUGAUGGAGCGAGGUCAGCCUGGAAAUCCAGUUGGCAGGAGGUUGCCGAAUUUGUCAGAACCAGCUGGAAGCCCAGUAAAUGAGUCCCAUGAAAAUGUGGUCCACAGGAGUUGUUUGAGCCCCAGGUCGGCGCCUAUGACACUGGAGAGCGGAGACGAGGAGAUCGAUGCCAGGACCGACGUUAACACCCAGAUGAGACCGGGUUCAAGACACCCCGUCCCGGACAAGUCGUCAUCGGACGGCUGCUCGGCAAAAAGUAAAUCGCUCUCCGUCCAAAACAGUCCGGAAACUGAGUCUGAUUAUUAUGAUGAGAUAGAUGUCAGUUGUACGCCGGGAAAUCAAGGAAACCAGGCAAACAAAGGUAAUGAUCCUCUGGCUCUCGUUUCAGGGCACUCUUCCGAUCCGAUGGACAGUAACGGCGGUGCAGAGCUUCCCAAAGUAUCCGGCUCUCAAAACCUGAUCAGCGGCGGUGGAGCCGAUCAGAUGCGCCGCUACCGAACUGCUUUCACUAGAGAGCAGAUCGCCAGACUGGAGAAGGAAUUCUACCGAGAAAAUUACGUUUCCAGACCCAGGAGAUGCGAGUUAGCAGCGGCUUUAAAUUUGCCAGAAACCACUAUCAAGGUAUGGUUCCAAAAUCGCAGAAUGAAGGACAAGAGACAACGUUUGGCGAUGACCUGGCCUCAUCCCGCCGAUCCUACUUUUUACACUUACAUGAUGAGCCACGCAGCGGCCGCUGGCAACCUGCCGUACCCCUUUCCGUCACAUGUACCUCUUCACUACUAUCCUCACAUGGGUAUGUCUGCAGCGUCAGCCUCAGCGACCAGUCCCUUCAGCGCUCCUCUGAGACCCCUGGACACUUUCAGAGUUCUUUCUCACCCUUACCCGCGGCCGGAAUUGCUGUGUGCAUUCAGACACCCCUCCCUGUAUCCUUCGGCCACUAACCAUGGACUUGGCAGCACCGGCAGUAGCCCUUGCUCAUGCCUAACGUGCCAUAGCAGCCAAUCGAACGGGGUGGCACAGAGACCUGCAGGGACUGACUUCACAUGUGCAUCAACCUCUAGAACUGACACAUUCCUCACCUUCACACCUUCUGUGUUGAGCAAGGCUGCUGCAGUGUCCCUGGACCAGAGGGAAGAAGUUCCUUUAACGAGAUAA